AUGCGCCAGUCGUGCAGUGGUGUUUGGGCUGGUCCAAACACCAGUAUUGAUGCAGUACUGUUCUACCCCAACAGUAGCGGCCUGGUGACAACUAUUAUUUAUGAAAUCUCUGAGUUUUCCAAGAUUGGCAAGUACGACCCAUCCGGGGGCAAGUAUGGCCAUAUUUCCAAGACGUACUUAUGUACACCCACGGUGCAGCAGCGUGGUUUAUGCAAGCCAGAUCAGUUAAAUAUGUAUUUGAUUGAAGAUGGGUCCUCUGUGUGGUCUAUCAAACAAGAGAGGAUGGACUUUGGUGAGCGGUUGAUGGAGACUAAGGCCAUGACGUACCCAGUGAAUCGAUCCGGUUACUACUGUAUGGGUGUUGCGCCUCUUCGCGUACCUGUGAGUGCUGUUCACAACUCUACCAUCAACCAGUUUCAUGGAGAAGUGGUGUAUCAUAAUCGCUUCGCUGGCCACCUUCCAGCGGCAGAGCAUCCAAAGCUUUACGUACGUUCACCCUACUAA